AAAUGGGUCUACUCCGCCUAGAAAGCUAGUUAGGCGAGGUAUUACACGUAAUAUUUCAAUGGUAUCUUGAUAAACAUCCAUUCUUCAGCGGAUAUGGCCUUGUACAGACUUAGCCAAAGAUUUAGAAGGCGCUUCAAGCCAAAAGAAACAGACAGUAGACAAGAUAAGGACACGCUUGAGUUCAAGAUUUUGCUGUUGGAUGAAUCGGACCUGACAUUCUACAUCCAUAAAAAGAGUAAAGGACAAGUUUUAUUAGAUCUUAUAUUCAAGAAUUUAGAUUUAGUUGAGAAGGACUAUUUUGGACUACAAUUUAUGGAUACCCAUCAAGUGUCACACUGGCUUGAUCCAACUAAGAAGAUCAAGAAGCAAGUCAAAAUUGGACCACCAUUCACUCUGCACUUUAGAGUCAAGUUCUAUGCUGCAGAUCCUCAAGAUCUUGGUGAAGAACUAACAAGAUAUCAUUUCUUUUUGCAACUAAAGCAGGAUAUUGCAAAAAAUAAGCUUCAAGUUCCACAAAAGAUGGCAAUUGAACUAGUUGCUUACAGUUUACAAUCUCAACUAGGCGAUUAUGAAUCAGAUCUGCAUGGGGAAGAUUACAUGGAGGAGCUCAAAUUUUAUCCUAAUCAGAAUAAAGAAUUAGAAAAAGAAAUUCUUAAAAAGCACAAAUCUUUAAUAGGUCUCAGUCCUGCAGAAUGUGAGGUCAACUUUUUACGACUAAUAAAAAAACUUGACUUCUAUGGAAUUAAUCUACAUAAAGUGCAGGAUAUCAAAAAGAUGGAAUUUCAAUUAGGUCUUAGUCCCAGAGGAAUAGCUGUCAUAAGAGAAAAUGAGCAAGUUGCUUUUUACUUUUGGCCAAAAAUAUCAAAGRUGACGUUUAAAAAGAAACAUUUCAUUCUGGAAGUUCAUGAGGAUCAGAAGAUGCAUGAGACAUAUCACUACUUAUUACCAAAUGCGCAAGCAGCAAAGCAUUUGUGGAAAUGUGCUAUUGAGCACCAUACGUUCUUCCGAUUGGUCAAAACUUCUGCCAGACCWAAGAGAACKUCAAGUUUUCUCCGAUUUGGAUCACGAUUUAGAUACAGCGGAAGAACAGAGUACCAGACUCAAAGAGAUGCCCGCAUGAGUUCUCGUAAAUCAAUGAAGUUUAAAAGGGCCAGUAGUGAACGAUUUUCAAAACGGACUACUAUUGGUUUCAUUCGAGUUGGCUCUCGUGUGUGGGGAAAGGCCUUGAAUGGKGAUUUCUACAAAGGAAUUGUUACAGGACUCGGUCAGAUGAUUCACAUCAAGUUUGAUAAUGGCGACACCAUUGCGCAUGACCGAAAUGACACUGAAUGUGUUGUGUUUGAUGUUGAUCCAGAUCCUAGUGAAAUUCAAAUUGGUACACGAGUAAUUGCACAUUGGCCUACUUUGCCUGCAUAUUUGGCUGGUAAUGUUAUCGGUAUGGAACACCAUAAAUACUAUGUACAAUAUGAUGACGGUGACAAACAUCACAAUGAGAUAAAUCAAAUGAGGCUUCUCAAACCUCCCAUCUACUUUGGACCAGGUUCAGACAUUCGAAAAGUCAAAUUGAAGAAAAAGUCUGAAUCAAUGAAGGUUACGAGUUUGACCGGAAAGGCUGUAAUCACUACAGAGCUUCCACGAAAGGUGUCAAACCAGCAAACAGAAGGAGAGGGAGUGCUCAGGUCGUCUUCGCUUCCAACAACUAUUCGAGCUCAGACGAGUGAAGAUAGAAAAGAGAGCAAGACCCUUCCUGUGGAAACGACUGCUCUACGUGAAACCAAUGUCGACUCUGGUUAUACAAUCAACCCAAUUAAGCACAAGAGAAACGUCGACGAUAUCGCUGUCACAAGUGCUACUUGUGUUCCUGACUUAAAUGAAGACAAUGACAAAAUAACUUACCGGCAUUUUGAACUUGAUGCUCAAAGACCUUUUCCUGUUUUUYCGCCCACUGUUUCCGAAUGUGAGGUUACUAAGCGUCAUAAUUGCCCUAUGUCARAGGAUAGCAUUGCAAACCAGGAAAAAAGGCGCAGUUCCCUACCAGACGUUCGCGUCCUUGAGUAUGAAUUGACUGGGAAGAAGGGUUCAAAUAACAACCCACAACCCGCCGGUAGUAAUAUACUUGUGACAGACUUAUGAUGGAUGAUCAUUUGGAAAACAAGUCCUUCUACAACAUCGGAAUCCACAGAUUUUCGACGUCAAGUUGAAUUGUUUCUUCUCAAAAAAAUGUAUUCAAAUGUCUUACAGUCUCGUAAUGUCCUAGAUCAUGGAACAAWAUAGUGAUUGUCAUUGUGACAAAGUUUCUAGGACAAAGCUCAGGACAAGAAAGCGAGAUGUUUUAAUUUUGGAACUAUAAAUGUUAUCACGAAUCAUAAAAAGCCAUAACACCAUGUUCAUUCUCUAUACGAAGAUUUCGAUUACUGUGUUAGACGCAACAGUGCCUGAGUGUAUUGUUGAACCCGUUUACUCUAACCAUUUUAUUCAAACCACAAUAAACGUGGGGAAAAGAAUAAGUCAUUCUGCAACUAAAUACUUGACUAAUAUUUAAAGCUACUAGUCUCCAUUGCCUGAAUUUAUACCGUGGCUGACUAAAUUCGCACGUUAGGGAAAUAAGACAUUUACAUGUAUGGAACGAAAGAUCGCACUGUAAAUAAGAAACUCACAAACAAAACUCA